GGCCUGCUGGACGGCACCGCGGGCCUCGUGGAAGGGGCGCUCGCGGCGGGCGCCGCGGUCGCCCUCGCGCGGCCAGAGUGCUCGCCGUGGGUGGUGCGGGAACCACUGCUCAUGCUCCUGCACGGCUGGUCGUUGCUCCACCAGGCCUUGCUGCAAGUGAUGUGGUGGGGCUUGCAGUACGGCGUGCUCGGCAAUAUUGCGGACCACCCGGCGAGACCAGUGGAGGCAGAGCUCGCGUAUGCGUGUUCCUUCAUGGAGCAGGCAGACUCGCUCCUGGAGGUGGACGUGGUGACCUCUCAGAAGGCCCUGCAGGAGUAUUUUGUAGAAUCCGUCGGUCCCGAGGUGGUUUCCCGAGGUAUCGACACCGACGAGGUCGUGGCCCGCCACGCGGCCAUCGACCGGGACCUGCGGCCUGCCGCGAGCGCAGCCUGCUCGGGUGACGGCUACGAGGUGCUGCGGCGCGACGCGUUCGGGCUGUGGCCGGGCGUAGACCACGGGCUGCUGGGGCAGCUCCUGCGCGAGGCGCUCGCGGGGCAGCGGGUGUCCCCCGAGCGCUCCACCGCCCAGGUUCGCAGGCGACGUACUGGCCCCGAUCUCACUAAGCAUGACGCAGCCCCUGACCCUGUAGAGACACAAUGACCCCGUGGCCUGACUCGGGCCCCCCUCCCAAAGGGUUAUGGGGGUACUUGUAUGGCUCCUCGCAAUCGCCGAGAUCCGUCCGAGAAGUGAGGUCGCUCAGAAAGGAGGGGGGGAUGUGGGCUGCACCCCUGGGGGGGGGCUGGUCGGGCGCAUCCCCACGGAGGAUGGACGCGACCCCCCCUCGUAAUGUCCCCG